AUUUAUAAAUCACUUACAGGGAUGCCAAGUCCGAUGUUAAAACUGAGGCUGCAGACUCCUUUCAGAUCCUUGUGAACAGGUGCUGUGGCAGACAUCGGUGAUCCCGUACUGAGCUACCAUUAUCACUCUUGAACCCAGCUGCCAGCUGCUCUUUUCAAGAUCGAGUUGAGCUGUCUUGGGUGAGAAGCCUCCCUCGCCCCUCUCCACCCACCUGCUCCUUCCCGCCGGUGCACAUGCACUCUGCCCAUGCACGGGGCCAGUGCCUGGAGAGCGGGCACACCCUCGUCCCACGGCCCAGGGUCUGGUCCCUCCCGGGGACCGAAUGCGGUGGGAGGCCGAGUCAAGGGCCAGGCUGCCCCCGUUUGCACGGUCCGUCCACAGACAUGCACAACCGAGACGCCCUCUCUAGCCUCCUGCCCUCCCCAGAGCUCCAGUCCGGAGAAUGGCCCGACGACGCUCCGACCACGAAAACCGUUAAACCCCGGGCUUCGCGACGGUCUCCUUCCAAACCCCGCGGGGGAAAGCCGAGGACCGGGCGUGGAAAGAGCCCGCGGAGGCGGUCCUGUGGGACCACAAGCUCGCAGCUGGCCAGGGCCCGAGGGGGCCGGCUCCCGGCUCAGCCCCGGGGCUGCAGGCUGGCUCGCACCCGGCGGGGCAAUGGCCUCCAACUGCCCUCCCUGCGGCCCGGCGCCCGGGGGGAGGGGAGACCGAGAGGCCGUUAUUGGCGCCCACGGGAGUCCGGGGCGCCCCCCGGGGCCGGGCCCCUGCAGCGGCGGCCUUACCUCUUAGGAAAGGGACCCUGUCCGAUCGCCCUCUCGGUUUGCACUAGGUGAAGCAGUGCGGGGCCGUCGCUCCGGGUCCUCCUGCGGUGGCCGCCAGCUCUGUCAGCAGCGGGCGACUGGCGCCUUUAUGGGACUCGGCCGCGAGCGGCCUGCUGAUUGGCCGGGGCUCGCCACGUGACUGUGCCUGCGCCUCAAAGCGCGGAGG